CCAAGGCAAGCAGGUGGGCGCCAGGUCCCGGUGCUGGCGAGGCCGACCAGAGGAGACGCUCCGCCUGGUGAGUCCCGCACUGGCGGGACCGGGUGGCCGGCGUCAUCAUGACCCUGUUCCACUUCGGGAACUGCUUCGCCCUCGCCUACUUUCCCUAUUUCAUCACGUACAAAUGCAGCGGCCUGUCUGAGUACAACGCCUUCUGGAAAUGCGUCCAGGCCGGGGUCACCUACCUCUUUGUGCAGCUAUGUAAGAUGUUGUUCUUGGCCACUUUCUUCCCCACCUGGGAAGGGGGCAUCUAUGACUUCAUUGGGGAAUUCAUGAAGGCCAGUGUGGAUGUGGCAGACCUGAUAGGCCUAAACCUUGUCAUGUCCCGGAAUGCAGGCAAGGGGGAGUACAAGAUCAUGGUUGCUGCCCUGGGCUGGGCCACUGCUGAACUCAUUAUGUCCCGCUGCAUCCCUCUCUGGGUGGGAGCCCGAGGCAUUGAAUUUGACUGGAAAUAUAUCCAGAUGAGCAUUGACUCCAACAUCAGUCUGGUCCACUACAUUGUUGCAUCAGCUCAGGUCUGGAUGAUAACACGCUAUGACCUGUACCACACCUUCCGGCCUGCUGUUCUUCUCCUAAUGUUCCUUAGUGUCUACAAGGCCUUUGUCAUGGAGACCUUUGUCCAUCUCUGCUCCUUGGGUAGUUGGACAGCGCUGCUGGCCCGGGCAGUGGUGACAGGAUUGCUGGCCCUCAGCACCUUGGCCCUGUAUGUUGCUGUUGUCAAUGUACACUCCUAGUUUGGCAUCCCAGGGGUUGGCGUACCUUUUCAUUGCCUCUCUCCAGAUUUUAGUGAAGUAAACAGUGUUUGGAAAA